CCGUCCGUCUCCGUCCGUCCGCCCGCCCGCCCGCCCCGAAGCGUCUCGCCGCCCCCUCCACCGGAGAACCCCCUCGAAGGCGAGCACCCGCCCUCCCCCUCCUCCCGGAUUCUUGUCUGCCAUGGGUGACUACACAAUCCGGAUAAGCACCAGCUUGAUCGAGCAGCUCGCGCGCGAUGACGAGAAGCAGGUGAAAAGGAGGACCAGGAAACCCAAGCCGAGGAAGGUCGUGGAGCAACCAGAGGAGCCUCAGGACAACGGCAGGGAACUUCCAACUGAACCCAAGGGCAGCCCUGCUCCUGUUUUGCCUUUUCCGCCACCCAUGUACCUGCCAGUGGCCCCCGCUCCUCCACCGCCCCCGCCCGUGAUCCAGGAGGUGGAAGCCAUACGCGCCGUGGUUGUGGAGAGCGAGAAGGUGCUGGAGAAGCUGCAGAAGAAGGAGGCGACGAUGCGCGAGGAGCUCACCAAGAGGGCCAAGGAGCUGCACGACAAGGAGUUCAAGCUGCCCUACCAGAACCCCUCGCCGUGCACCGACGAGAGGGCCGGCUGCGCUGAGUGCUACAGGAGCAACGUGCAGGACCCGCUCAAGUGCGCCGAGGCGGUCAAGAGGUUCGAGGCGUGCGUUCGCAUGGCGAGGCGGGGCGGUACCACCAUGGGAGCUGCUCAGUAGGCAGUGGCGCUGGGAGUCGGGGCUGAGUGAGCGAGGUGUCGAGCACACGAUUUUGCUUCUGUCGGGAUGAUUGAUUGAAUAACCUGCCUGGAUUUUUGUUUGGUGAGACCUGAAACACCAUCAGUUGUAGAUUAAUUCUGGUAACGGGUUGCUACUGGUGUUGGCAACAAGAGGCCAUGAGUGUCCUUGAAUUUAGGGGAGUGGCUCCAUGCUACUUGCAUACAUAUUACAAAAUGAGACAUGAAAUUUGCAGGGUUCAAAAUUAAUGUCUACUGCAUACAUUGUGCUGCGAAA